UAUUGCAAAUUCAUUUUCUAAGAAUGGCUAAUUACCAUGUCGUAAUUAUAAAUAACCUUUUUUUUUCUAUGUUAACACCAAACGAAUGGCCGAGUUGUUUCUGUAGGUAUUACAAUAUUUCAACUUGUUAGAUUAAAAAGAAGUUAUUUACUUUCAUCUUACUUACCGCUCAGUUGUUAAUAUUAAUAAAAAAAUUCAAACAAAGUCAAAGUAGUUUUUGGAAAUAUUAAAGAUGAUGUAUUGCGAGGGCGUUACGGGCCACAGUUCAUUGCCUUAUGUAAAACUUGAAAUUGUGUUUCUUCCGUGAAUGACCGAAAUAAUACGGUGUCCUUUGUGUAUAAUGAGUGUUAGUGUUAAAGUUAUAUAAAAAAGUGUCAAAAUGUCUACAUCAUCUGCACAAGUUUUGAUGAAAAAAGGUAAACGAGGUGCAGCUGGCUACAUACACGCGGAAUGCGUAAACGGAUCCCCACAGCACCUUGGACCACUUUUGGAUGUGCUGCUAAAUCCUAGCAAGUCUAUUGAUGAGUGGGAGACAGUGGAUUGGUGUCGUUGGCUCAUUGCUGGCGGUAGAACGCCGGACGAGUUCGCGGCCAUAGUUCGCAGCUACGACAAACACGACAAAUGCGGGCUCGUGUGGAUACCGCGCGUGGUCGCGUACAGGUGUCGCACGUGCGGCAUUUCGCCGUGUAUGUCGAUCUGCCGCGAGUGCUUCCACCGCGGCGACCACUCCACACACGACUUCAAUAUGUUCCUGUCGCAGGCGGGUGGCGCGUGCGACUGCGGCGACAAGUCCGUCAUGAAAGAGGACGGGUUCUGUAGUAAUCACGGCAAUAAAUGUCCACGUCCAGGGACGGCGCCGGCGGAGCUCAUGUGCGUCGCCGAGGCCAUGAUGCCGCGUCUCAUAUUGCGACUACUACAGCAUUUCAGAGAGAACAGUGUAACAUCAGGGCCGCAGACGCCGUCGGACAGUUACAGGAAGUCGGUGCAGGAGUGCGAAUACUACGUGCAAAUGCUAAUGGAGUUCAACAACAUGGGCGACCUCAUGAGGUCCGCCAUGACCGAGGCACUCAUCAAUCCCCAGAUGUACCGCAACCUGGUGGUGCCUCCGUUCCCCGACACGGAAUACGGGUGCUACAUGGCCGAAUCGCACAAGAUGUACGAAAAAGCUAUAGACUCAUUUCCAGCGCCGGAGCCACCUGACGAUUAUAAACACCUGCCGGCCCUCGCGCCCCGGCUGCAGCACAACACGCUACUGGACGAGUUCAUAUUCUGGACGUUCAAGUACGAAUUCCCGCAGAACAUUGUGUGUUUCCUGCUAAAUAUGCUGCCCGAUCAGGACUAUAAGGAACACCUGACACGAACGUUCGUGAUGCACUACGCGCGCAUCCCGCUGGUGCUGGAGGCGGCGUCGGACCCGGACACGCUGUCCAACCGCGUGGUGCACAUGUCCGUGCAGCUGUUCUCCAACGAGGCGCUGGCGCUGCGCUGCGUGCAGCAGCUGCACCUGCUGCACGUGAUGGUGCUGUCGCUGCGGCUCAUGAUGGGCAAGAUCCUGGUGCAGAACACGCUGCACGACCCGCACCACAACUUCCACUACGUCAUCGACUGCACGCGCCGCGUCAUGAAGGAGCACUGCUACUGGCCGCUCGUGUCCGACUUCAACAACGUACUCUCGCACAAGAGCGUCGCGCUGCUCUUCCUGCAGGACGACGCGCUCGUCGACAUGUGGUUCGAGUUUCUAUCAAUGUUGCAAGGCAUGAACGUGAACGUGCGCGAGGUGGGCACGCACAUCGAGUUCGAGCCGUCGUCGUACUACGCGGCGUUCUCGUGCGAGCUGGAGGCGGCCGCGUACCCCAUGUGGUCGGUGCUGGGCCACCUCACCGAGCCCGCGCACGCGCCGCUCGCGCGCCGCCUCAUCGCCGCCGCGCUCACCUACCUGCAGGACUGGCUCGACGCCGUGCACUUCACCAAGCCGCACAUGGAGCGGGCGGAGGUGAUGCAGGCGUCGUUCCACUUCCCGCUGCACCGGUACCUGGCGGCGUUCCUGUGCGCGGGCGUGCGCCACAUGCGGCUGGCGGCCGCCGCCGUGCUGCCGCCGCCGCGCCUGCUGGCGCUGCUCGCCGUGCACCCGCUGCGCGUGCAGAGUCUAUUCUACGAGAUAUUAGCGGGGAUAUGGGUGCGGAACGGGCUGCAGAUCAAGGGGCAGGCGAUGACCUACAUCCAGGCGAACUUCUGUAAUUCCAUGGUCGACAUGGACAUAUACUGGUUGCAAAUAUGCGCAGCCCACCUGCCUGCUGAUCAGUUCCUUGACAUGUGCAUUGAUAUGUUCGGUGUGAGAGAAUGGUUGAGCAUGCUGCCGAUGACGUUGGUGCAAGCCGCCGAACAGGACGCUAUGGUGGAAGGACUGCUCACCUUCCUCGCCAUUCUGGUUUCCUCACAGACCAAUCUAGGCAACGACGAGCUGACCCAGUCCCGGCUGGAGGUGAGCACGCUGCUGGCGGCCGGCGACAAAACGCACUCGCAGCUACUCGAGCUAAUGCCGGAGAGGUCCGGCAACGCGCACACCAGGAAUUUCGAGACCGUGCUCAAAGAGGUGUCAACAUACCGCCCCCCACCGAAGGGCUCGGAGAAUCUAGAGCAGGGCCUGUUCGUGCCGAAGCCGAUAGUGUGGGAGCAGUAUUACGACCCGCUGCACGUGCUGCGGCGCGCCGUGCACAGGCGGGACUUUCAUGCGUCUAUGGACCGCUUCACAGCCUACGUACGCGAGAAGCAGAAGGAGGCGGGGGCGAGCACGGCGACGGGCGGCGCUGCAGGCGGCGGGGCCGCGGGCCCGCUGUGGCCGCCGCUGCGGCCGCCGCGAGCCGCGCCCGCCGGCGCCGGCGACCCACGCGCCCUCUGCGCCUCAGGCGUGCUGCACGGCGCGCUGCUGGCCGUGCUGCACCGCGGCGUGCACCGGCGCGCGCCCGACGCUGCGGCUCCACACGCGCCGGCCGACCACGUGCUGGCGCUGGCCGUGUACCUGCUGGACGUGGCCGCCGAGCUGGCCGCCGAGCGAGCGCGCGCGCACGACCGCGACGUGUGCGUGGCGGAGGCGGAGGGCGGGUCGCGGCCGCCGCGCGUGGCGGGCGUGCCGCUGCUGGGCGCGUUCGCGGGCGCCGCCGUCUGCGACAACGCGCGCACCAUCGUCGGCUCGGUGCCGCCGCACGGCCCGCGCCACCACCCGCCGCCACCGCCGCACGUCUACCCCUCGCACUACCACUCCGACAGUGACACAGAAUGGGAGCCAUCAGAAUCAGUAAACACUAGACUUCCGCCGCUAUCGAAGACGGUAUCACUGCCGACAACGAGUACGGCGCUGGCGGUCCCCACAUUGUUACAAGUAGUAAGAGGCGACUCGGUACCGGACGACCAGUCUGAUGCCAGCGGUGAUGCACCCCACAUACGAGCAUUAGAGGACGUGAGCGAGCGGUCGUCGCUAGCGCUGCAGCUGCUGAGCGGGACGGAGAUGACCAGUGAUGCGCAGAUGACGCUCGCGCUCGCUGAUCCUGUCACACCUCCGGACUCCACCGAUUACGAGAUGGCGGGCGCGGAGUGGUGCGCGCUGCCCGCGCCGCCCGCGCGCGCGCCGCAGCCCUCCACCAGCACGCAGGUGCAGGUGCACGGCCAGCAGGAGGAGUCGAUCCCGGUGAACGAGUCCAUCAUAUCGCUGCUGCUGAAGCUGCACUCGCAGCUCUCCGGCCGCCUCGACUCCUUCUCGCUCGACGAGCCCGCGCCGCACUCCACCGAACCUAUAGGCGAUGGGCCGCAUUUCAUCGGCAACGUGGUGCGCAAGCUGGCGCGGCUGGACGCGCGCUGCGCCGCCGCCGUGCAGCACGUGCGCCGCGCGCUCUGGCCGCACCAGCGCGAGCGCCAGGCCGAGCAGCGCGCCAGGGAGCGGCAGGAGAAGGAAGAGCGGUCGAGGCGUGCUCGCGAGCGGCAGCAGCAGCUGAUGCGCGAGUUCGCGGACCGCCAGCGGCAGUUCAUGACCGCCAUGCAGAUGGAGGGCAACGACGCCGCCGCCAUGGACUGGGACGAGGACGACCUCGAGAAGGACUACGACUGCGUCAUAUGCAACACCACCGCGCCCACCACCGCCGCCGACCCCAUUGGCCUCGUCGUCCUGCUGCAGUCGACGUCGGUGCUGGGUCACCGGCGGCGCGUGGAUUUGGAGGGAGCGACGGGAUCAGAGUCCACGGAGGAGGACGGAGGAGGGUUAUAUGGGGGAGGUGCGAGUACCGCAGAAGCUGGAGCACGACUGCCACUGUCGGAGGCGGAACGUGCGAGACUAGCGGCACAGCGUGAAUCUACUGCCGCCGCACACUACUACCGCAUGCACGAUGACCUCGCGGACCAUUUCGACAAGGAGUCGUGGCUGAUGAGCGUGUCGGUGGGGUGGGAGGGCGGCGUGCACGUGCAGACGUGCGGCCACCACGUGCACCUGCGCUGCCUGCAGCUGUACCUGCGCUCGCUGGCCGCGCCGCAGCGGCCGCACAACCUGCACGUCGAGCGCGGCGAGUUCCUGUGCCCCGUGUGCCGCCAGCUCGCCAACACCGUGCUGCCGCUGGCACCCGCACCCGCACCACCACCACCACCGCCACCACCACCGCCCGCCGCCGCCCACCGCACAGACGCGCAGCUCGCCGACCAGAUACAGGCCAUGCUCGAACAGGACCGCCCGCCGCCGAGCCCGUCCCGGCUGUCGGACGCGAUGGGCAAGGCGAUGAAGGACAUGACGGCGACCGCGAGCGGCAAGCUGCGGCAGCGGUACGGCGUGUCGCCGGCGGGCAUCUUCACGUUCGUGGCGUCGCUGGUGCGCACCAACCUCGAGUGCGAGCUGGUGCAGCGCGGCGGCACGCUGCUGGCCCCGCCCGCCACGUCAGCCGCAUCAGCCGCAUCAGCCGCGCCGCGCUACAAGCCGCGCAACGACUGCAUCGUUCCCCUGAUGUCGGUGGCGGGCGCACACGUACGCGUCCUGCGGGAGGCGGGCGCGGGGCUAGGCGCAGCCGCGACCUGGCGCGCGCUGGUGCCGAGCGAGCGCGAGCGCGAGCGCGAACACGAGCACGAGCAGGCCGGGCCCGCCGUGGCGUCCGCCGCGCCCGAGUCCCGCCCCGUGCCGCUGCUGCUGCGCGACCCGCUCGCGCUUCUCAUGCAGUUCCUGCUACUCGCGCCGGAGAACCCGCCGCACAUGGAUAUUCAGCACUUCACGUUCAUCGUGCGCGCCCUGUACGCGCUGAGCUACUACCAGAUCGUGUGCCAGUUCAUAGCGAGCACGACGGCGGAGGGCCGCGCGGCGCUGGCGGCGGGCGGGGGUGGUGGUGCAGGCGGCGGCGGGGCGGGGGACGGGUCGCUGCGCGGCGCGGUGCGCGCGCUGCUGGCGGCGCUGGCGGGCUCGGAGCUGUUCACGGAGGACGGCCCGCCGCGCGCCGCGCCCGCCCACGCACACGCACACGCACACGCACACGCACACGCACACGCCCAGCCGGACAUGCACCGCAUGGAGGCGCAGGUGCAGGAGCUGCUGCUGCCGUUCGUGCGCAUCGCGGCGCUGCUGCGGCACCACGUGUACGGCGGCGCGCUGCCGGCGGGCGCGGGCGGGCCGCAGCAGGAGUUCUGGCGGCUGGCGAGCUACCUGGAGCUGGCGGCGGGCGACGGCGGGCCGGGCGGGCCGGGCGCGCCGGGCGCCGCGGGCCGCGCGCUGCCGCCGCACGCCGCGCCCGGCGCGCGCGCGCCCCGCGCCUGGGCGCGCGCGCUCGGCACCGCCGCGCAGCGCGGACAGCUCGCCGUGCGGCGGCUGCUGCGCGGCGCGGCGGGCGCGUGGGCCGGGCCGGCGCUGCUGGCGCUGCCGCGCGACUACGACCGCCUGUUCACGUACUACCACGAGCGCGUGUGCCUGCAGUGCGGCGCCGUGCCCAAGGAGGCCUCCGUCUGCCUGCUGUGCGGCACGCUCGUCUGCCUCAAGCAGCCCUGCUGCAGGCAGCACCAGGUGGCCGAGGCCGUGCAGCACGCGAUGGAGUGCGGCGGCGGCACGGGCAUCUUCCUGGUGGUGACGUCCACGUACAUCGUGGUGAUCCGCGGCCGCCGCGCCUGCCUCUGGGGCAGCCUCUACCUCGACGACUACGACGAAGAGGACAGGGACCUCAAACGCGGCAAGCCGCUGUACCUGAGCCAGGACCGGCUGGAGCUGCUGCAGGCGCAGUGGCUGGCGCACCGGUUCGACCACACCAAGCGCACCUGGGUCUGGCACCGCGACUCGCUCUGAGCCGCCGCGCCCACGCACGCACACGCACGCACACGCACGCACACCCACGCGCACCCACGCGCACCCACGCACACGCGCACGCCUCACAGGUCGUAUCCACUGUUAUUGUUACCGCUUCCGAAAAGUUUAUACGCGGC